UAACACGAAACAAAAGCAACGGUUGUUGAGGUACAUUGAAGUGACACUUUUCCCAGUACCCCCCAUGCUUACGCACGAAAAAAGCACGUGUCAUGCACAAAGCUAGCCGCCAGCAAUUAGCGUUAAAUGAUAAUUCGUUAAACAAAUGAGCAGCAAUGAUACGACAAUCGCAUCAGCGUUGUACACGCUGGAUUAAUUAUCCCCUUUUCUUCUAUUUGAGAAACAUCUUGCAAGAUGAAAACAUAAAAACUCCCUCACAAUGUUGACCGGAAGCAUUCAAAAUGUUUCACGCGAUCGCGCAGUGCGUUCUGUUUUUCGUUACCGUCUACUGUUAUCGGUUAUGGCAAAAUCGUCGAACGUGGAAGUUACUGGGCCGUUUACCUGGCCCACCGAAUUUUCCUCUCAUCGGUUCGAUGUAUCUCAUCCCCGGUAGAGAUACAUCCCGAUAUCUUAAAACAUUGAUCGACCUAACCGCCACUUGUGGACCUGCUUACUGCAUCUGGCUCGGACCCAUACCGGUAGUCAUCGUUAGUUCGGCUGAUCAUGCUCGAACAAUACUGAACUCACCAGCAACGGUGGACAAAGCGGACUUCUAUCGCUUUACACCACUUCAUGGAAUUUUUUCGCUUGCAGCACAUAAAUGGCGAGUCCAUCGGAAAUUGAUUCAACCCACCUUUAAUCAGUCCAUUCUUCGUAGCUUCAUACCGGUGUUUGAGAAAAAGGCUGAAACAUUGGUGCUUCGAUUGUCUGAGCUCGCCGAGAAGGAUCAACCGUUUGAUAUCUAUCGCUUUACCGCCAAGUGUACGUUGGAUAUGAUUUUUGCCACAACGCUAGGAACUGAUAUGCACAUUCAGGAAGCUUCUACUUACCGCUAUUUGGAUAUACUUGAAGAGCUUUUCGAAAUCGCAACCAUACGAGCGGUCAACAUUUUCCUUCAUCCACAGUGGCUUUACCGUUGUACCUCGUUGUAUCGUAAGGAGGUAAAAGCAUUGAAAGAAUUUUGUCGUCCAGCUAAAACAAUUUUACACGAGAAACGAACUACUGGAAUGUUUAGCGAAUGUUCAGACAAACACUUCAGUCUUGUUGAUCAGCUACAGACCACAACACUCGAUAGCGAAGCCGUCGAGAAAGAGUUAAACACAAUCAUAUUCGCUGGCAACGAAACAAGUGCCAUGACCGUGGCCAACACUAUCCUUCUGCUAGCGAUGCAUCCAGAGGUGCAAGGAAAACUUUUCAACGAAUUGCGAAUUAACUGUGGCCUUGAGGUGGAAAACAUUGAUAACGAAACUUUGAACCGUCUCACCUACAUGGAGAUGGUACUGAAGGAAUCACUGCGAUUCCUACCAAUUGCCCCCGUCAUUGGUCGAAGAACCUCAGAAGAAAUCGAUCUUGGUGAGUAUCGUCUGCCAGCCAAUAUCAACGUCGUUAUCGACAUAUUCGAUAUUCAUCGCAACCCGGAUUAUUGGGGACAUGAUGCCGACCGAUUUCGUCCAGAGCGGUUUGAAGGGCUCCAGUACGAUCGGUAUGCAUUCCUGCCCUUCAGUGGUGGGUCACGGAAUUGUAUCGGCUAUCGGUACGCCUGGCUUUCGAUGAAGAUAAUGCUGCUGAAGGUACUCACACGCUACCGAAUUGAAACCGAUCUAAAGCUGGAAGAUUUAGGCACGAAAAUAGCUCUUACGUUGAAAAUUGCUAACGGACAUAUGGUGCGCCUGAAAAAGAGACAAUAAACACACGAUUGCCAGUGCAAAAUUGAUGUCUACCCUUCUUGCUAAGCUAAGCUUGUCUACCUUCUUGAACAUGGGGUUGAUUGUCAUGCCAAAUUUUAAACAUGCAGGGAACUCCCACUUCCAGUGCCUCUGAAUACUUUUUUCGUACCGUCCGCUGAACAAAUAUCUGGUUGUGUUGAUAGAUUACAUGUAUUAUUGCAUACUUAGAUGUUUAUGCGCAUUGUUCUAUUAGGUAUUGUAAAAAAAUAUGAUAAAUAAAUGACUUAUAUCUUGGGGCGGCCCUGUGGUGCAUGUGAAAAACGGCGCUCGUCCACACGGCAGGGACCGGGUUCAAAUCCCAUCCGGACCGUCUCCCCGUAGCAUGGACUGACUAUCCGGCUACGUGGUAAAAUAAGUCUUGAUACGGCCAGGCCGUUCUAACUGAGCAAAAAAAAAUGACUUAUAGACGGAUUUGUUUUUAGCGCAGCAGAUGCGAAUACACUAUUUUGGUCUAAAUAAUGAGAACACAUCGGUUAUACAAUCUGGUGGCAGCUAAUCUUAAGUCUUCGUUUAACGGUUUUACACCAACUAGCUAUUGUACAGGUCUGUGUCUGUGGCUUGUGUAUGUUAUCAUAUUAAUAACGACCAUUUGACAAUCUAAUGUUCCCAAGCAUCCCAAGUAUAUCUAAACAUCCCAAGUAUAUCACAGACGGAGAACACGAAACAUUUGGAAUCAAUUUCGUGACUAGCGUAAUAUAGAGCAGACGCGUGUAACUGUAUUUCAUGGGAUAUCACAACGAACAGGGAUAAAAAGGGGAAAGUAGUGAGCUUCAUCGACUUGUGAUUUUCUUCACAGUCAAAGUGA